GCACGACCUUCAAGCCUACUGCACAAAUCUACAUGACACCAUCCCUAUAUCUUUGUCUCGUAUUAACUUUACUUAAGAUAUAGGGAUGGUGUCAUGUAGCUUUGUGCAUCUUUGCUGUGUAAUGACCCCUUGUUUCUUCCUUUUUGGUGCUUCAAGCCAUCCCUAUUCUCCCCCUUCAUUUUGAAGAAAUGAUUUUCCUCUUGUUUCCACUAUUUUUCACGCCUUAUGACAACACUGCAUUUCAGUCACUCUGAUGUUCAUGGGUGUUGUAUAUAGAGAUAACUGUUGAUAGCAGAAGCUAAUGGGCUGCUCCUACCUGAAGCAGGGUGUAUGCGUAGUGUCUCCAACAAAGAUGCAACUAGGUUGUGGCACAUAUGGUGGGGUGGUUUCAUAGGGAGGCUUCAGUAAUAAGAUUACAAUGAUAGCUAUAACCUGGGGGACAAAGAAUGAAAGCGCUGGGCAAGGCCCGUGUAACAUGGCGCACACUGCCAAGUUGCUCCUCGUGCAAAUCAACAGCAAAACGCAAGCUAGCCAGUUAAAAAUGUGUAUACUGACUUACAGAAGGCACUGGAGGAUAAGAGUUACUCUGCAGGCAUCCUUGGCUUAGUCUCGUGGACCUUGUUCACGCACGAGACUAUAGUAAUGCGCGUGCACCGCAUUGGGGAAAUGCCCUCCUCGGCGCAUGCGGCUCACUGAUGCUGAGUUAGCAGCAAAUGGCGUUGUUCAGUGACUACCGUGGAAGAGCUCAACGAUCUACCGUAGUGACUUGCGGCAAGAAACAAGCGAUCGCUUGAUAUGCGUGCACACCUCCGGAAAAUUUGGAGACGUUCUGUGAAAAAUCAACGUUCAACUGCUUCGAUAAGGAGCUAGCGGGUCUGAAGAAGAAGAAGAAGAAGUAGAUGAAGAACAUGAUGAUUAUGAUGACACGAAAAUUACGAAAUUGCGUAAGAGCGAAUUCUCUGGUGGGGAACUGAGGGCACGUAGGAAGUCUUGGGGCAUAUGUAUAGCUAGGUAUUGGCCUCUAGACUAUUGCUAGUGAUUUUGAAGCCAUGGUGAGUCAUUCUCGCUGAGUUUUGAGGCGUUUUGUACGCGAGAUUUCACUCGUGCCAUCCCUAUACAGAGCGUCUACCGACGCUCUGAUAAAGCGGUAUGGAGCCCAAGUGGCCAUUCACAAUAGGCGGGAUAUGAUAUUCUGAAAUGUGUACAUUACAUACGUAAAUGGUUUGGGAUUUCAAUUUAUAAUAAACGUAGUAAAAGGGAUGAUAUUAAGUGGGACCCACAAACCAAGGGCUAGCAAAUCAACCCACACGCGAGCUAGUACAGAUGAUGAGACAGACAUGUACGACGAAUUACAGACGAUAGAAACGGUAUAAAAGGUAUCACAAGGAUAGUAGUGAGACAUAAUAAAAAUAUAUCUAAAACUAUCUUAGCAUUCAAAUAUAGCAGUAUCGCAAAAAUGUAGAAAUGUAGGACCACUAGAGAACCAGCUAACAUGAUUUAGGCAUUGUGGGUGCCCUGGCCUUGAGAAUCAGAGGUGGUGGGUUAAAUAAAUCUACUUUACAGUGAAACCUCUGAACAAGGGACACUAUGGGGCCAGCAAUUUUGUCCCUUGUAGAGAGGACGUCCCUAUCUUGGAGGUCAAAUAAUACACUAAAGUAUUAGCAUGGGGUUGAAACAAGUGUCCUUUGUCUCGGAGGGUCCACUGUAUAGUGUGGGACAAACACUUUCGUAUAUUCAGAGGGUCCUUUUCUGGUGCUAUCACUGUAUGAUAAUAUUUAACCAUCUUUCAUUAAGUCUUAUAUGGAGGAGUUAGAGGAACAGCGGAGAUCUAAAACUAAAAACAGAGAAUUUAUUGUCGAACGCUCAGGAAACUAUCAGGGAAAAGCGAAAGCAAAUUCAAGAGAUGGAACAGCGAGUUAGUCUAUUGUGUGUGCGUGUUUGUGUGGUGUAGACCUCUGUCAGUGUGACUGAGGUUGAUCCUGACUCCAGGCCAACAAGGACAUGGCUGAAACUCAGCAGAAACUGGGGGGAAAAGGAGCAGCAGGUUCAGGAGAUGAGACAGAGAGAGACUGAGUUAGUGCAGACCAAGACCAAAGACAGGGCUCACAAGAAACCGGAAGUACAAAAAAAGAGCAAGGAGCGAGACUGUCUUCAACAGUGUCUGAAGUGCACGGGGAGAGAACUAGGAAUAUUUGUUGCUCUUCUCUCUAUUUUUAUCCCCCUGUCUCUUGUUGGUUUCUUUGAUCGUCAGUCCCUGCAUCCACAGAUACAAGAGCUAGCAGAGUUGAAUGCAAAUUUGGAAGCAGAAUUGAAGAAAAUGGCAAAUGAAAUGGAAUUGAAGAAAGAAAUGGAACUAAAGAAAGAAGUGGAACUGAAAAAGAAGGAAACGGAACUGAAGAAGAAGGAAAUGGAAGUGCAGAAGAAGGAAACGGAACUCAAGAAGAAGGAAACGGAAGUGCAGAAGAAGGAAACGGAACUCAAGAAGAAGGAAACGGAAGUGCAGAAGAAGGAAACGGAACUCAAGAAGAAGGAAACGGAAGUGCAGAAGAAGGAAACGGAACUCAAGAAGAAGGAACCGGAAGUGCAGAAGAAGGAAACGGAAGUGCAGAAGAAGGAAAACGGAAGUGCAGAAGUAGGAAACGGAAUUGAAAAAAAUGAAAGCCGAUUUAUAUGAGAGGGAAGUUAAUUUGAACAUUAGAGAAAAAUUGCAGAAGUCCAAGGAAGCACCAGAAGCAGAGAUGAAUCUUGGGCAUUCUGAGUCUAUGUGUAGAUAUGCAUGUAGAGUGUUUAGAUAAUGACUAUUGAUUAGAAUUCCUCCAUACAAGAUCCACAUUUACACAUCCC